AUGCAUCGUUUGACAGAAUGGAAGGAUCAGAUUCUCCAUAAAUCCAAAAAGACGCGGGAUACAAAAACGCAACCCGACCAAACUCAGGUUCGUCCCAAACUCAGAUCUGGUACUCCAGACGAAAACAGCAAAAGUCAGUUGCAGUCCGAGGACCCUGUGGCGCCGCAAGACCUGUGGCAAUGUGCUUUUUCUCAGCUGGAUCAAAAGGAUCGAGACAUCUUGAAGCAUAAUCCUGGCUGGACCAACAGAGGCGAAGGUCGCUCGCCAGUGAUAGAUGAGAUCAAUAAUGUCAUCAAAACUACAGAGAAAAAAUACAAGGAGUACAAAGAAAAAAGUGGAAUUCCAAUUCACUGGUUAACUGAGGAAGAGAUUGAUCUUCGAAAAGUUGCGGGGAAAAUCAUCGACGCUGCUCUCUCUUUUAAGGGCGUGAUUGAUGCAGGGGUAGCUUGUGAUCCUACUGGACAUGCUACAAGUGCGUGGGCAGUAGUUUCACUGGGACUGAAUAUGGUGCAAAAUAAUUCCGACCGACGAGAUGCCUUGUUCACUUCUUCUGAGUACCUUGCGGAGGUCCUUGCCCGAUGCAUAUUUAUCGAAAAGAACUUCUUCCGCUCCCAGAUAUCAAAUCGAGAGAUUAUAGGAUCUGCAAUAAUUAGAGUCUAUAAAGUGAUCCUCAAAUAUGCCGCAGAAACUUUAGGCGCUCAGGACCUCAACUUCGGAGAGAGAAUGGUCGACAAUGUCACGGCCAUGACCAGUCAAUGUCUCGCAAAGCAUCAAUCUUCUAUUGAAAAGGAAGAGCUGAAGUUGAAUCAAUGUAUUGUCUGGGAUGGACAAUUGCAAAACGAAAAGAAUGCAGAGAAAAUCCUUAUAGCAAUUGAUGACGGAUUGUCGAAGUCCCUUAAUAAUAUAAUUCUUGAUUUUGGUCUGCCUAUCGCAGAGGGUGCAAUUCUGGGCUUCUAUGAAAACCAACGAGACAAUGCGUCUAUCUGUUUAGAGAAAACGAGAGUUGAUGUUCUCGCUCAAAUCUCAAGAUGGGCUGAGUCACCUGAGAGCAGAUUCUUCUGGUUAAGUGGAAUGGCUGGAACAGGAAAAUCCACCAUUGCCCGGACUGUCGCAAUGUCUCUCCAAGAUAAGGGUCAACUGGGAGCGACUUUCUUCUUCAAGAAAGAUGACGCCCAGCGUGGCAAUGCGAAAAGAUUCAUAUCAACGAUUGCGAAACAGCUGAUGCGUUAUAAUCAUCAGCUUGCAUCCGGAAUUCUCAACGCAAUCAAAAAAGAUUCCGAUAUUUCCGCAAGAACUCUAUCGGAGCAAUUUACUAAGCUCUUCCUCCAACCACUACAAGACUCUAUACAAGAUCGAACCCGAGUAAUGGUUAUUGUGGUCGAUGCGUUGGAUGAGUGCGAAAAAGAGGAUCUGGAGAUCAUCCUAAAACUUCUGCCGGAUUUGCAAAAGAUCCAAAAAUUCCAGCUGAAAAUGUUUCUGACCAGCAGGCCGGAAAGCAGAAUCAAAAUAAGAUCCAAUCAAGGUCAGGAGGGUUCUCAAGAACUGGCUCUUCACACGAUCGACAAAUCUUUAGUUAAGCAUGACAUACGGCUUUUCUUAGGAAAUCGCCUUGAACAAAUUCGGCAAAACUAUUCCUCACUUUGUUCUCAAAGUUGGCCUGCAAGUGACGCUAUAGAAAAGUUAGUGGAGAAAUCUGUUCCACUGUUCAUUUAUGCUGAUACCGUAUGUCGCUUUAUUGGAGAUGGAAAACGGCACCCACAGAAGCGCCUUGACAGAAUUCUAUCGCGAGUGGGCCCGCCUGAACUCCAGAUGCAGACCAUGUUUCAAGCAGUGUUGGAGCAACUCCUUAGCUCAGACGAAACUGAGUCAAAGGAACUUGAGAAACAGUUUCAUGAUAUUGUGGGAGUUGUUAUUCUUCUCGCCGCACCCCUAUCAGCUAAGGCUCUCGGAGGACUCCUCACACCUUCAAUUUCCACUGAAGAUAUUAGAUUCCUCCUAGACGAGCUGCGCUCUGUUCUCAGCGUACCAGCAGAUGAUUAUUCUUCAGUCUCUGUUUUACACGAAUCAUUUCGCGAAUUUAUCCUGGAAACAAAUAGUGGAUUCCAUGUAAAUGAGCAAGAGAUGCAUAGAACGAUAGCAUCACACUGCCUUCGCGUUAUGGAUAAUCUGAAACGUGAUAUCUGUAAUCUACAAGAUUACGGAACACAGCGUGCGGACAUCGACAGCCAAAAGAUAAAGGAGUGCCUUCAACCAGAACUCCAGUACUCGUGCUGCUAUUGGGUGUAUCAUCUAGAACGAGGCACAGCACUCACCAUAAAAGAGGGAAUUUCAGGGAAGGUUAUUCUAAAAUUCCUUCAAAAGCACUUUCUACACUGGCUAGAAGCGAUGAGCCUUAUGGGACUAACAUCAGAGACUAUUGAGAUCGUAGGCAAACUGCAGUUGAUGAAUCAAAAGACCCCGAAUUCUGAGCUUUCACAAUUCUUAUUUGAUGCGAGGCGAUUUAUCCUCCGAAAUCUUUAUAUGACUGAGACUGCUCCACUCCAGCUUUAUAGUUCCGCGCUAAUAUUUUCGCCACCGGAGAGUAUUAUAAGAAAACAUUUUCAAGAAGAACGACUACAAAAGGUGCAAAUUCUACCGCAAGUACAAAGAUCGUGGAAUGCAUAUUUACAGACCCUCGAGGGCCAUUCUAUUUCGGUCGAGUCUGUGUCCUUCUCUCCAGACGGCCAAAUAGUAGCCUCAGGCUCGGGAGAUAAGACGAUUAAGCUCUGGGAUGCUAAGACUGGCAAAGAGCUACAGACCCUCAAAGGCCAUUCUGAUGGGGUCUGGUCUGUGGCCUUCUCCCCAGACGGCCAAGCAGCUGCCUCAGGCUCGUUUGAUAAGACGAUUAAGCUCUGGGAUUCUAAGACGGGUAAAGAGCUACAGACCCUCGAGGGCCAUUCUGGUUGGGUCUGGUCUGUGGCCUUCUCCCCAGACGGUCAAAUAGUUGCCUCAGGCUCGAGCGAUAAGACGAUCAAGCUCUGGGAUGCUAAGACGGGUAAAGAGCUACAGACCCUCGAGGGCCAUUCUGACUGGGUCCGGUCUGUGGCCUUCUCCCCGGGCGGCCAAAUAGUUGCCUCAGGCUCGAGCGAUAAGACGAUCAAGCUCUGGGAUGCUAAGACGGGUAAAGAGCUACAGACCCUUGAGGGCCAUUCUGACGGGGUCAUGUCUGUGACCUUCUCCCCAGAUGGCCAAACAGCUGCCUCAGGCUCAAGAGAUAAUACGAUUAAGCUCUGGGAUGCUAAGACUAGCAAAGAGUUACAGACCAUCGAGGGCCAUUCUGAUUGGGUCGGGUCUGUGGCCUUCUCUCCCGGGCGGCCAAAUAAGCUACAGACUCUCGAGGGCCAUUCUCAUUGGGUCCAGUCUGUGGCCUUCUCCCCGGAUGGCCAAACAGUCGCCUCAAGCUCGUUUGAUAAGACGAUUAAGCUCUGGGAUGCUAAGAUUGACAAAGAGCUACAGACCCUUGAGAGCCAUUCUGAUUGGGUCCGAUCUGUGGCCUUCUCCCCAGAUGGCCAGACAGUCGCCUCAGGCUCGGGAGAUAAGACGAUUAAGCUUUGGGAUUCUAAGACUGGCAAAGAGCUACAGACCCUCGAAGGCCAUUCUGACUGGGUCCAGUCUAUGGCCUUCUCCCCGGACGGCCAAAUAGUUGCCUCAGGCUCGAGCGAUAAGACGAUCAAGCUCUGGGAUGCUAAGACGGGUAAAGAGCUACAGACCCUUGAGGGCCAUUCUGAUUCGGUCUGGUCUGUGGCCUUCUCCCCGGACGGCCAAACAGCUGCCUCAGGCUCUAGUGAUAAGACGAUCAAGUUCUGGGAUUCUAAGACGGGUAAAGAGCUACAGACCCUCGAGGGCCAUUCUGACUGGGUCCGGUCCGUGGCCUUCUCCCCAGACGGCCAAAUAGUUGCCUCAGGCUCGAGCGAUAAGACGAUUAAGCUCUGGGAUGCUAAUAUUGGCAAAGAGCUACAGACCCUCGAGGGCCAUUCUGAUGGGGUCUGGUCUGUGGCCUUCUCCCCGGACGGCCAAACAGCUGCCUCAAGCUCGUUUGAUAAGACGAUCAAGCUCUGGGAUUCUAAGACGGGCAAGGAGCUACAGACCCUCGAGGGUCAUUCUAGUUCAGUCCGGUCUGUAGCCUUCUCCCCGGACGGCCAAAUAGUUGCCUCAGACUCGAUCGAUAAUACGAUCAAGCUCUGGGAUGCUAAGACUGGCAAAGAGCUGCAGACCUCUGAGGGCCAUUCUUAUUCGGUCGAGUCUGUGGCCAGUCAAAAAUCGUCUAAGCCCGAUCCUCAAGUGUCUAUAGCAAAUGAGUGGGUCGCCUUUAGGAAGAAAAACCUCAUAUGGCUCCCUGUUGAGUAUCGUGAUUUCUCUUGCUCAGCUAUUCAGGGUAACUCUCUUACUCUUGGAUAUCCUAAUGGAACUGUUUGCAUUCUUGGUUUUCACACUGAUCGGUAA